ACGAAUACUAGGAUUUUUCUGAUAAUCAUAUAUAAUUAUGUCACAUAAUCACUUCAGAUGCUAUGGUUUGUUUGUUUCAGGUGUGGGACGAAGAGUUGGCAGCAAUCGCUCAGAAACACAGCGAUCAGUGUGUUUAUAGACAUGAUUGUGCAACAUGUCGUCAAGUUGGCAACUUUUCCGUUGGGCAGAACCUCUAUACAACAUACACAAGUCAGAACUCCUGCCCACCUGUUAACUGGGCUGCGGCUAUACAUUCCUGGUACUCGGAAGUGAAGGAUAUGCCUGCGUCUUACAUCUCUCCAUUUCGAAUUAACACAAAUCCUGGGAAACAAAUUGGACAUUUUACUCAGAUCGCGUGGGCUUCAACAUGGCGUGUAGGAUGUGGCUUUAUUUGCUUCGCUAUCAACAAAAGUCCCUUCAAGUGGCAACAACUGUACACGUGCAACUACGGUCCAGCAGGUAACAUUUUAAAUGGAGAGAUGUACCAGAAAGGUAGCAGUUGUAGCAACUGUCCACCCAACACUUCAUGCGGAAGCAAUCGUGUCAAGAGUGACUACGCUGGCUUGUGUAAGUCUGCAGACGGAAAAGGACCAAGUAUGGAAACCCCAGAUCCAACCUUGAUGUUCUGCGAUUUUCGUGAGGAAAACACUGACUGUAAAGCAACAGUGACAGGGGUGCCUUGGAGUACGGUCCCCCUAAUUUCUGGAGUCUACAAGGAAGCAGUACUUAGUGGAGGAACGUCAACAACACUAGUGUUUAGCAAGAAAGUGGUUUCCCAUAACAACAUGUGUGUACAGAUUGAAUACCGCAAGGGACCUGAUACUGCUUCUGACGUUUCCAACAAUAAUCUGAACCUGAAUGUUCAGAUACCGGCGUACUCUUAUGUAUUUAACGCGCAAGUGGUUGCAGACGCUUCAUCUUGGGCCAAAUAUAGCCUUAAUCUUCAGUGGAACGCUGCAACACAGGUUGGUGUGAAGUUUAGUGUACCAACCGGUGCUCCUGACCAAUAUAUCAAUCUGCGAUAUUUGGCUGUCAAAGAUGGGCCGUGUUAAUGCAGCUCUGAAAUUAUUACACGUGGAUUUGGGAUUCCAGUAAACGAAAUCCACUUCAAGCAACUUUUUUUCUAGUUCCAGUUUUAUCGCACGCCUUUGAAUGAUGUUUAGAUAUUAAAGUACGUUAAAACAAGUUUGAGUAGCUUUCCAGUUGCAUUAGGUAUUUCUCCUGAAAUUCUUAGGGCACGAGUAUUCAACACAUUUAUGUGAUACUACAUUAUUAUUUUAACAUAUUAGUGUUUUGACUGCUUUGAAUACUUUGAUGAAAAUAAACAUUUACUGAUA